UGGUUCGAAAACAUUAAUCGGGCGCACCAGCUUAACCAUAUCACAAACUACAUCCCCAGUGAAUUAAAUCCCGAUGAUCCACCAGUUUCAUAUCCCCAGCAGCUUCUCAAUAUUCAGUAUCUCCCCGAUCCCCUCCCUCAGAUGCCCUCUCACCAUAUGGUUCAGCGUGCCUUUGAAGAACUCGGAAAGAUGGAGCGGCGUGGACCCAGAAAGCCAAAAGGAAGAACCCGGUAUGUGGCGUGCCUACCCAAUCAAAUCUGGCACGUCGACAUACACUUCCUUCAUGGGAACAGGAACGAGAUCCUCUACGCCGCAAUAGAUGAUGCCACUCGGUUGGUCAUGGAGUGGCAGCAUCUUUCUUCAAAGCACGCCACACAAACUGUGAAGGUUGUAGAGAGGGCUAUCCGCAGAUUUGGAAAGCCCCACACAAUUUGGUCUGAUAAUGGAAGGGAAAAUCGGGGAGUAUUUCUGAGGGCAAUGAGGGUAAAAGGAAUCAGAAAUGUAUACAUUACCCCUCAUUGCCCUUAUCAGAAUGGUAAAAUUGAGAGGCUGUGGCCUGGAAUUGAGAAAAAAGGAUUAUCGUGGAACAAAAUUCACGCAUGGGUGAUGAGAUACAACACAAAGCCUCAUAGAGCUUUUCCAACCCACAGAGUAAAUGGGAAACUUAUACAUUAUAGCCCUGAAGAAAUGUGGAUGAAAGGCCCAAAAUGGGAACCUGGCAUGCCGGCAAAAUGGAUCAUUGAUGAUAAGGAAUAUGACUUUUUGCCAGGUUCUGUUCAAGCUAAAGAUAUUCCAGAGUUAGAAUGUGGAGAAGAAGAAGAAGAGAGAAGCGAAGAAGAAGAGAAGCACGAAGAAGAAAAAUGUGAAGAAGAAGAGAUAUACGAAGAAGACAUUUUAGAAUGUGAUGACUAUGAAAGCCCAUACGAAGAAGAAAGUUGUGAAGAAGAUGAAAUUGAAAAAAUUUAUUCCGAAUAA